AUGCGCCUCAUCAAGCCUCAAGCUGCAACGGCUGUGUUGCACCUCACCUCGUCGCAUCGGGUCGCCAACCUCCGUCGUCGGACCCAAAAGGCGCCGACCAUCCAAACCUACGGCGUCGACGAGGUCCUGCAGGUCCCACGCCUACCCAAACUUGCCGGCACACCGGCCGCCAGGAGGCAAUACACCUACGGUUCAGCUGCUGAGCCUCCACCAUCCCGACCUGGCAGGGGCGGUCAUCAAGACCAGCCUCUGGACUUGGGUAAUGCAGUCGGGAACCUGCUGAGCAGAGAGGAAGUCGAGGACAAUCCUUCGUCGCCCGGUCAAAUGCCACCACCCCCAUUGCCCAAUCACGAAUCCUCCGAAGAUAUGCGGGACGAUAGGAGCUUUAUCACCGAGAGCGACAUCUACGGAGAUGCCACCAUCGUUUCUACCACUAGUGGCACAUCUCCCAUUGUGAACCCAGGGCUGCCGCCACGGAAAGCUGUGCAGUUCAAACCGUUUUCUAACCCGCAUCCUGCGCUGGAGUCGGUAGCCGAGCGGGAAGAGUCUGAAGAAAUCCAUCUUCCGCAACUUCCGCAACGUCACCAACCGCCACAAGUCGGGUCUCUUAGCCCGCCUCGGAUCCAGUUCAGCCCAAACGACCAUACAUCUCCCAGGAGCGAACAGCAGACACCCCCCAAGAGCCUCCAUUCGUCCCCUAAGAGGGGCGUACGGCUCAGGCGGUCGCCCCCAGACUCAUGGGCGGAUGUGGCCUCGCACAGGACCCGCCCGCCUGUACUUGACACGUCAAAGCACACUGGUCUUUCUCCCAGAAGCGUGCCAGAUCCUGGCUUCUUUGCUUCUAACUACAGCGAGGCGGACGACGCGAUUCAGCGGGAGAUUGAGGCUUCCGAAACCGAAGCUGUCGAGGAAAUAGAACAAGAGUCGUGGCGUGGCAGGUGGCUGAAGAUAAACCCCAUCUCGCCAUUCCGAGCCGCCCGGCAGCGUGCGAUCAGCCAGCAACGACCAGAGAUCCUUCAGGGAGGACGUGGCCACUCUAUACAAGAGGUAGAAGAAGACGAUGAUCAAGAUAGCCAUUCCGCCCACUGGUGGCACUCUCUCAACCCUCGGUCGCAUCUAGAUGCCCUCUGGCGCUUCAUGGACAGACUCAACGACUGGUUCUCUGGCUUCUUCAAACUGACCAUCGCUCUCUUUGAUUUGGGACAAUUCCUUCAGCUGCUCGGCAUGGGUGCGCUCAUUACAGCAAUCUCAGUGAUCAUCUCUCAGCCUGGCUUCGGUUCCUCUGUACGCGACUCGAUAGAAACCAUCACCUCUGAGGUGCCUCGAAUGCCUAGCAUGCCCGACUUGAAAGAAUAUGCAUCCCUGAUCGGCGGCUAUGCCUCAUCCAUCGUUCCCCGCUUCGGCCGUAGCGAUGACUUGGGCAGUCUCUUUGAUUUAGGUGACGAGGGUCUUCACGAGGUCGAAGACUACCUCAAGAAGUACGACCAGAAGCUCCAGAAUGUUGUCCCCAAGGUGGUGCAUAUGGAACUUAAGAAUGGCAAGCCCGUCGUGGCUCCCGAGUUCUGGUAUGCCAUGCGGGAUCUCCUACAAAAUGAUGACAGCUUCUUGACGGUCGACGAGAAGAAGGGUGAUGUCGUCUUGAACCCGAAGCAUGGCUGGAAAGCCAUCGCCGCCAAGUUGGCAUCCGACCCGGCCUUCACAUCCAAGUUCAAUCUGACCAUGGAUGGGAUUGAGAGGCGUAUCAACGCCAAGAUGACGAGCUUCUGGGACGGAUGGGUCAAAGACAACGACGACAAGAUUUCGAGCACUCUGGGGUCGGCCUUGGACCGGAUAAAGUCGGCUGCUUCUGAACGAGAACUCAGCGACGUGGUCAAGAAAAUUGUCAAGGAGCAGCUCCAUGACGAACAGACCCAGGGGGUUGUGGUGACACGAGGCGAGUUCUUACGCCACCUGACUAAUGAGUUCACCGUCCACCGGUCCGAAAUCCGCGCAGAACUCAACGAACUCCAGCCACGGAUCCGGGGGCUCAUGGAGGACAUGGCAAAGCUGGCGGCCAGCGCCAAGGACGAUAGACGCCCCGCCGGGAUGACACGCGAAGAGGUCACAAUUCUGGUCAACGGCCUUCUCCGCCAGGCGUUGGCCGACACCAACCUCGAAGCCAUGGCCAAGGGCAAGAUCCACGCGUACUGGGACGCCGACCUGAAGAACCAGGUCAACUACUUCAGCCAGGGCGCCGGGGCCAUUGUCGACGCCAAGCUGUCUUCACCCACGUUCGAUCCGUACCAGAAGGGCAUGGACCCCAAGGACGAACGGUACGCGCGUGGCGUCGUCGCUGCCCGACCACGUCCGCCUACCGAGGCACUCAAGCCUUGGGCCGACGAGGGCGACUGCUGGUGCGCGGCGCGCAAGACCAACUACCGUGGCAAUCCGCAUAGCGUGACCCUGUCCGUCAUACUCGGUCACGAAAUCAUUCCGGAACACGUCGUCAUCGACCAUAUCCUGCCUGGUGCAACGGUGGACCCCGGUGCGCGGCCGCGCGACAUUGAGAUCUACGCCCGGAUAGAGGACUCGGCGCAGCGCGAACUCAUCCGUGACUUUGGCGAGACGCGAUUCCCGGACCAGGAUCCCUCAACCGAAGACUGGAAUGCCAUGCCGGCCGACCUGGGUCCACGGUUCGUCAAGAUUGGACAGUUCCGUUACGAGGGUGCCGAGCUUCAUGACGGAGUGUACGUGCACCGACUGAGCAACGAGCUCGCUGCCCUGCGGGCCGAGACAGACCAGGUAGUUGUGCGGGCGACGAGCAACUACGGAGCGAACCAUCAUACGUGUUUUUACCGAGUCAGGUUAUAUGGGCAGCGUGUAGAUGCAUAG